GGAACGGAGAGAGAAAGAGAGAGGAGACGAAGACUGCUGCUUCCAGCUUCCAUCGUCGUCUUCUCCUUGUGGGGAAUAGCUUUUCAUUUUGCAUUACUCAAACCGUAACCCUAAUUCCCUGUGUCUACGUCGGACUCUUCUCACCUCUAACUCGAUACUCGUUUUGAUUAGACUCAGCUUCAUCGACUGUUUAACAAACCCUAAUUUGUGACCCCCCCCCCCCCUGAUCAUGGCCUCCGCCGCUACCACUUCUUCUUCUACGUCUCCUCGUCACGUGAGCAGCCCUACUGCUGCCCAAUCACGCCGGCAGGUUUCCUCUCCCUGGACUCAAAUCGUCCGCGGCGAAUCAGAGCCGCCGACGAUCGCCGCCGCUGGGGAAGAUAAAUCGGAGGGAAAUGCCGGGAAGAAACCAGUUUGGAAUCGGCCGUCUAAUGGGGCUUCCGAGAUCGGACCUGUCAUGGGAGCUUCGUCGUGGCCAGCUCUUUCUGAGGCAUCCAAAGCUCCUUCGAACAAGCCUUCCUCUGAUUCAAGUCUCGGCGAUGUGCCCUCGUCAGUUUCUCAGGGAGCUGCAAGUGCUUCUGCUCCUGCACCGAAGCAAGUCGGCCGUGCAAACAAUCCCAACCCAACACCAAACCACUCGCGCCAGAGAUCAUUUAAGCGGAAUGGCGCCUCUGGAUCCACUGCUAAUGGUACUGCUUCUCAGCCAUCAUCACAUGGUUCACUUGUUGAAGGCACUUCGCACAAUCCCUCUCCUAGAGGCCAAAACCAGAAUAAUGGCUUUGCAUCACAACCCCAUGGUGGUGCUGACAACCAACGAGACUCGCACAGGAACCAAAAUGGUAAUCAUCACCACCAGAAUCAUGGUGGCAGGCGCAAUCAGGAGCACGGGAAUCACAACUGGAAUUUCCACAGAACCUUUAAUGGGAGAGAUGGAAAUGCACUAUCACCAAGAGGUGCUCCAGCAUUUGUAAGAUAUGCACCACCGCCACCACCACCACCACCACCUGUGCAGGCAAUUACUCCUCAGUUUAUGGCAGCUCAGUCUUUUGGCAGUCCUGUACCAUACCCUCCUGAAUUGGCACCACCGUUUUAUCCAGGCAUGCCUUUCGUCGCUCCUCUCUCACCUGGUCCAGUGUUCUACCAUGUCCAAGAUCCUCCUUUAAACAUAAAACUACAGAAUCAAAUACAUUAUUAUUUUAGUGAAGAGAAUUUGAUUAAAGACACCUAUCUCCGUGACCAAAUGGAUGAUCAAGGUUUUGCCCCGCUACAUGUGAUUGCUGGUUUCAGAAAGGUUGCGGAACUUACAGAUAGCAUCCAGCAAAUAGUGGAGGCUCUACAAGGUUCACCUUUUGUUGAAGUGCAGGGUGACAGAAUAAGGAAGCGCCACAAUUGGCAACAUUGGUUGAUUCCAAGCCCUCAAUCUGUUGAUGCAGUGGCAAGCCGAGUUGGAAAUUUAUCGAUUGGUCAGAGCUCAGCAGAGCCAAUUGGUGGUUCAGGUAGUCAGCUGCAACCUCCGGAAGCAGAAAACAAAGCUGUUGCAGAUGGUCAGCCACAGUCUUCUGGUGCUAAUCCAGUGAGCAACAGGAAUGGCUCGGGUGGUGCAAACCGUUGAACCAUCACCAUGUUUGGAGCUGUUGGUUAGUGUUCGAGAUGAAGUAUAUUGUUUUGUCCUGCCCAAAAAUCAGGGAAAAAACAAUAAUUGAAGAGGAAUCCAAAAAGGUAAAGGUAAGGCAUAAAUCCAAAAAGAGAAAAGAGACUCGUAUAAAAAAAAAAAAAAAACAGAGAAAGGAUCAAACAUUUGUGAUUCUUCUAGCUAGCGGAAACUUUUGCCUGUUUAUGUUUUUUGGUUUUGGUUUUGAUUAUUUUUGGAUGUUGCUAAUAACUUUCUUUAAGUUUAUGUUACUUUGUUACUUACAAUGGGCAUUGACGCUUGCUUAUAACCAUUGUUAUGUUAUGGGAUUAUCGAUUGUUGUUUGCCGUAA